GACAGCGGUGUGCACGCCAAUAACGGAGACGGGAACUCUUUAUUUAAAAGCCGUAUCGAUGUCAUUUUGACAGCACAUAGAUUUAAAGUUGAGGGGUACAUCUAAUCUCAUUCAUACGCCUCGCGCUCUUAUGUGGAUUAUUUAUGUUUACUGAAGGAAUACACAAUAACGGAACGUAAACACUGAUGUGAUUGAGAGCAACAUCCCACUGUGUAACAUGCUAUUUUCGCGGUUCCUCGUUUGCCUUAAAUCAUGAAAUGCUUUGAGACGGAUUGUUCCGAAAGAACAAACAUCAACAGAAUGAUGCAGAAUCGCGAGCUCCUCAUGCCGAGGCAAGCGGUCCGCCACACCUGACUUGUUUUUGCUCUGCCUCCGGUUGUGACAUGAAAACUCGGACCAGAAAGAAACGGAUAAAAGGGCGCAGAGCUACAAAAGCCCAUUUGGAUUAGCAAUGAAAGAUAUCAGAUUGAGGUGGGGUGCCAACACUUAACUUCGAGUGACAAUCACAGGCAUGGGUAGACUACACCAAAGAUCAAGAGAUGGUAGGUGGUCUUGCAACCUGUGGAGAUUCUACAAACUGGGUAGUGAUUUGAAAGAUUUUGAUCAUUUAGGAUCUAAAAUCGGUGCUUUUGGUUUUUUGUUUUGUUUUUCAAAUUAGUUUAUUCGUUUGAGGAAUUUUUGGUGCGUGUGGAUUCAAAGACGAGUGGAGAGCACCCAAGAUUUAUGCGGUUUUUAUUUUGGGGAGAUAAAAGCACACUCUACUUGGGUUGUUACCCUGAUUUGGACCUUAUCGAAACAUGGGCUGCCUGCAUAGCGUCGCCUGCAAGCCACGCGUCAAACGCGAGAACAUCGUUGUUUACGAUGUCUCAGCGACGAUUGACCAUUGCCCGACAGUGAUUGAAGAGAAUUCACCCAUAGUACUCCGCUACAAAACCCCAUACUUCAAGGCCGCCGCCCGGGUAGUAAUGCCGCCGAUCCCUCGAAACGAGACUUGGGUGGUGGGUUGGAUCCAAGCGUGCACUCGGAUGGAAUUCUACAACACUUAUGGAGACCUUGGCAUGUCAAGCUGGGAGCUGCCAGAGUUAAGAGAAGGCCUGAUCAAAGCCAUCAGCGACUCAGAUGGCGUGAGUUACCCAUGGUAUGGUAACACCACAGAAACAGUGACUCUCUCUGGCCCCACAUCCAAGCCGUCGCACUUCGCUGUUAGCAUGAAUGACAACUUCUAUCCCAGCGUAACGUGGGCCAUACCAGUUAGCGAGAGCAAUGUGCCUUUGCUCACACGCAUCAAACGGGACCAGAGCUUCACAACUUGGUUGGUGGCUCUGAACACUGCCACGCAGGAGAAGAUACUCCUGCAUACAGUGAAGUGGAGGAUGAAAGUUGACAUCACAAUGGAUCCCUCCAAGCCACUGGGCUCCAGAGCCAAACUUACUGGCCGGCUGCACCAGGACCAGCCCAAGAUGCUGACCCAUAUGGAGCCCAUCCCACCAAAUGCUCUGGGCAAACCCAAUGCUAAUGAUGCCCAAGUGCUGAUGUGGAGGCCCAAGAGAGGGCGUCCGUUGGUGGUGAUCCCCUCCAAGUAAGAUUUUAAUCAAUAGCAACAUGCAAGUCAAUUUGCCUUAAAUCCACACUGCUGCCUUUAAAGAGAUACUUGGUUUCUGAAUGGUCCUGGAGAAACUCUGAUAGGGAAUUUUGCCUUAAAACCUCUUUGGACCCAAAUCAGAAAAGAAGAGACCUUAAGUAGGGUCUGGUGGUACACUGAAGGCAGUUGAGCAACUCAUAGGGCCAGUCUUGCAAAGGCAUGGUAGCAAAGUUUGGAUGCUAUAGAGACACAUGGUCUGUUCUAAUACCUAGUGAGCAUAGUGCAGCUCACUAGAUUUUGGAACAGAUCCACAGUGAUGUUGCAAAAAAAAAAAAGUGUACAAUUGAAUCCAGUAUUGCCUUUUAUGUUAAAUUUAAACAGAUACAUUUUAAGUUCCACUGAGCAUAACCUGGAAUGUGAAAACAGCUGCAACAGUUGUGUUCCUGGAAGUCAGAGGACUUCCAUGGCAAAAAUGUCUAUGCUCAAGAAUGUCUGGACCUGUCUACUAAUGCGCUGUUCUGCACACCUGGGAGCGAGUGAACGAGAGAGUAAAAGAUUC